AUGCUUGAACUGGCUGCUCUGCAGCUGGGCCCCAAGCGCGCGCUCCUCUGCAUCCUGCUGAACCUUCUGGAGCACGCUGCAGCCACAUUCACCGCCGCUGCUGCGCCCGCAUCGAUCUCCGGCGGCGGCCCGGGCGCCGCCGCCCCUCACCAGGGCGGCGGAUCGUUUUGGGUGGUCAACAUGCUUGUGGCCGCCGGCGGCCUGGCGGGCACGGCAGUCUCGUUCUGGUGCGAGUGGGUGCUGCGGUCGCGGUGGCUCUGUGAGCGCCGGCAGGGCCGCGAGCGCGAGUGUGGGCACCCGCUGCCCGCGGCCGCCGAAGCAACAAGCGGCGGCGUGCACUCCAAGGAAGAGUGA